AAUGGGGCCUGGAGGCAAUAAGGGAGGCGGACGUUCAGUUUUGGAAAAGCGGAGGGCUCUCAAAAGAGCAGCCCCUGGACUCUUUGGCGGCGACGCUGGGGGUGUCUUUUAUUUUAGCCUGCCCAGGGACCUAUAGCUGGCUGAAAGGGCCGAGUUGGUACCUCCCUCUGCUCUCCUUAGAUAUUUGGUACGUUCCUCCUCUGAGCGCCAGAAAGAGAGAGAGAGAGAGAGAGGCGAGCGGAGCCGGCGGCUUCAGUGCGAGCGUUGCUUUGGCGCUGCGCUGCGGGGUGGAGAGCCGAGCUUUCAUUGUCCAUCUAGCGGGAAGACUUUCUUGCAACGGAGCGGCGGCCCAGAGCUAUGGACUACCCGAUGCAGGGAGAAGCGUGGAAAGCGCAGACCUUGAAGGAGCUGAUCGAGAUCCUGCAUCACUUGUUUGCGAGCGAUAAAGUCAAUGUGGCAGAAGUGCAAACUUUAAUGGAAUCUUACGAGAGCAACCCAGAGGACUGGACCAAAUACGCCCAGUUUGACCAAUUCAGAUACACAAGGAAUCUUAUAGAUAAAGGAAAUGGAAAAUUCAAUCUGAUGAUCUUAUGCUGGGGAGAAGGCCAUGGCAGCAGUAUCCAUGAUCACACAGAUUCACAUUGUUUUAUGAAGCUACUUCAAGGAAACCUAAAGGAAACUUUGUUUGAAUGGCCUGGCAAAAAAGGGAUUGGAGAGAUGCUUAAAAAAUCAGAAAGAGUGUUAAAAAGAAAUCAGUGUGCCUACAUUAAUGACUCCAUUGGUUUGCAUCGUGUGGAGAACCCAAGCCAUACCGAAACAGCUGUUAGUCUCCACUUGUACAGUCCACCUUUUGAAAUCUGCCAGACCUUUGAUCAAAGAACUGGACACAAGCAAAAAGUUAAAAUGACGUUCUAUAGUCAGUUUGGAGAAAGGACUCCAUAUACUUCAGCAGUUUCUCAAGAAAACAACUGAGAAGCACAAAAUGUACCGAAUUAUAUAUUCUUUUAUUUUGUUAGAAAUUGUUUGGGCAAGAGCAGAAGAAUUAUGUGGCUAAUGCCAGUAUCAAGCUGUAUCUUUAUGCAGGACUACAUAGCUGUCCUGUAUGAAAAGCAGCUUUUUAGCUAUGAUUUCUUUCUCUCUUUCAUACAUAAAACACUAAAGUGCAGAAUAUAGAAGAUUCUUGCAGACAACCAACAAAUAAGAGCAUGGGAGGAAGGGCAGAAUGCCUCUGAUUAAUUCUACUUCUGAGACUAUGCACAGAGACAUUGUAUUUAGCAGGCCUUCAGAAUGAAUGUGCAUUACUUAAACUAGUUGUAUAUAACUUGUCAAACUCUACUCUGUGUUAACAUUCCUAUCUAGUGUAUACUUUAUGAUGCAAACAGAAUUCUUUUUAUCAUGCAUAUAAUAAUUUGUUGGAAUUUUAAUUGUGCAUUUUAAAAUCUAACACCCUAGUACUAUUUUCCUUUAAGUAGGAGCAAUAAGGAAUAUCCUGUACAAUGUUUUAUUCAGAAAAAAAGUGUCUGUGAUUAAAUUAAGGGUGAUAAAAGGGCUCAACUGUUAAUUUUUCAGCUGGAUGGUAUUGUUAAAACCUGUCCAAUUACCUUAAUAAAACUGAUUUUUAGAUGCA